AUGUCAGGACGGUUGAAGGCAGCAAUUCUUGUGGUCUCCGACACGGCGUCGCAGGAUCCGUCCACGGAUAGAGUGGUCGGAACUCUGAGCAAUGUGUUUACCACCGAGGGGCCGAACAACUGGGACCAGCCGAUCACCAAAAUAGUCCCGGAUGAUGUGCUCCAGAUCCAGAGGACUGUCUGUGACUGGGCUGAUGGGCCUAAUUCAGUCAACUUGAUUCUUAUCAGCGGUGGCACGGGCUUCGCGGUCAAGGAUAAUACCCCAGAGGCUGUCUCGCCCCUCCUCCACCGCCAUGCGCCUGGUCUUGUGCACGGCAUGAUCGCCGCCUCUCUGAGUGUCACACCAUUUGCAAUGAUGGCCCGCCCUGUCGCAGGAACCAGAAACAAAUCCCUGGUCAUAACACUACCCGGCUCGCCCAAAGGCGCCAAAGAGAACCUAGAAGCCGUGAUCAAGUUGCUACCCCAUGCAUGCACGCAGGCAGCAGGCGCAGACUCACGCGCCCAGCAUGCCGGCGGCAUCAAGAAACUCGAGGCCGAAGCAGGCGUGAGAUCCGAUUCCCAGCAUAGCCACAGCCAUCAUCACCAUCAUCACCACGAUCACUCUCAUGGCCACGGCCAUGGUCAUGUCGUCCCAAGAGCGCAUACAUCUCCAUCUGAACGACGGUCGAAUGACCCCGCGGCAGGCGCGAACCGGCGGUAUCGCGAGUCGCCGUAUCCGAUGCUCUCGGUGGAUGAGGCGUUGAAGAUUAUAUCUGCUCAGACACCCGACCCCGAGAUAGUGGAAGUUCCGGUCGAUAUCAAUUUAGUGGGAUACGUCAUUGCAGAAGAUAUCUACGCGGCAGAGGCUGUGCCCGCAUACCUAGCCAGUAUCGUCGAUGGGUAUGCUGUAAUAGCUCCCAAGUCAACAGAAGGCCAGAGCACCAAGGGCAUUUUUCCAGUGGCUUCCAUUACCCACGCGAACGAGGGUGGGACUCUCGCGCCGCUCGAAUCUGGUACGAUUGCUCGGAUCACGACAGGCGCUCCUCUUCCACCCAACGCAAACGCGGUGGUCAUGGUCGAAGAUACCCUGCUAGCAUCUUCAACACCCGAUGGCAAGGAAGAAGCAACAAUAGAAAUCCUGACCGGUGAUAUAAAACCAAACGAGAACGUGCGUCAACCUGGCAGCGACGUCCAACUAGGAUCCAAAAUUCUCCAGCGGGGUGACCUGAUUACUCCCGUCGGUGGCGAGAUUGGUCUCCUAGCAGCCACGGGAACAAAGACUGUCAAGGUCUUCAAGAAGCCCACUGUGGGUGUGCUAAGCACAGGCGACGAACUCGUCGAGCACAACGACCCCAGGCAACUCCAAGGAGGACAAAUCCGAGACUCCAACCGACCAUCUAUCUUAUCAUGUCUCAAGUCCUGGGGAAUCCCAGCAGUCGACCUAGGUAUCGCCCGAGACACACCCGCCGGCGAACUCGAGCGCAGUCUCCGGGACGCCCUCCGUGGAGUGGGAAACGCCAGCACGAGCGUCGAUGUCAUCAUCACAACGGGUGGUGUCUCAAUGGGAGAGCUCGACUUGCUCAAGCCCACCAUCGAGCGCUCACUCGGUGGGACAAUCCACUUCGGCCGCGUCUCAAUGAAGCCCGGAAAGCCGACUACCUUCGCCACGGUGCCGUUCAAGCCAUCGUCGUCGGAGGGACAGCAGGAGCGCAACUCGCGACUCAUCUUCUCGCUUCCUGGGAACCCGGCCUCGGCGCUCGUCACGCUCAACCUGUUCGUUCUCCCAUCUCUUCAUAAGCUCAUGGGUCUCGGGCAAAAGCAGGCUGCGCUAGGUCUGGCUCCCUCACUGGGUCUACCACUUGUUUCGGUGGCAUUAUCGCACCCUUUCCCAGUGGACCCGAAACGCACAGAGUAUCAUCGCGCUAUUGUCACGGCAUCCCGCAAGGACGGACGCCUCUACGCGACGAGUACAGGUGCCGAAGGCGUGGGGCAGCGGAGCUCACGAGUCGGCAGUCUCGCGAGUGCCAAUGCACUCUUGGUGCUUCAGCCGGGGAAGGGCUCGGUUGCACAGGGUACCUUGGUACAGGCUCUUAUGAUGGGGCCUGUCGUACAGGAUGAGUAG